AUGUCCGGCCCCUCGACGUCUGGCCAGUUCCAGUCGAGCGUUGCUAAGCCAAAACGCAACGUACUGCGGAGAAAGCAGUCGUCUGUCGCCCAGAAAACCCCGCACCUGCGUAAGGAUUCGAAUACCGAAUCAGCUGGGGGAAGCUCGUCUUCUUCAGCUCCGCGAUCACGCUCUUCCCUGGAACUGGCUCCUGGCUACCACCUCGACCGCGGCAUGACCGAGAGCCCAACGGAAAUUCGUAUCGCACACGCUGUUGAUCUGCCCAAGACCCACGCGCAACCUGUAACGAUUUAUCCCGAGCUUGAUCGAUACAGGGACAACUAUGGGCGACCCUCUACAUCUUCAGAAGGAUCAAGCGUUGAUUUCCUCCAUAGACUGGCCACACACGACCUUCCUCCGCCGACUCCUGUCUUCUCCGGCACCAGCAGCCAGUUGAGUGCUUUCAGUGGCAGCACUUCCACCAGGUUCUCUGAGUCAACCAGCCCGGGCCCUUACAGCCGUGAUACGACUCCCACCUCCAUGUCGUCACAGUCGCCAGGGCUAGUGGCCCCGAUGCGGCUGCCUGUGCCCAGAGUGAGGCAGGUGAGUCCGGUCGUGACACGGCCACCGGUCGCCCGGAGAAGAGCCGGCAGCAUACCGAAUGAAAUGGAGGCGUUUAGCGCCGACCCUCACGGGCUUGCCGCGGUACGCGAGUCUCUGACCUCGUCAUCGUCAAACUCUACAGUUCGAGAAGCAGACCGCAAGGAGCCCAAGAAGAAGAAGAGGCUAUCGCCCCUACCUCCAAGCCCACCGCCGCGGAAGUCGUCCCAGAAGUUCGCAAAGGAUCAAUACAAUGACGAGUCUCCAUCGAAGGCCUCUAGGGAACCGGCCAUGCCAGUCAUGACCGCCCCAUCACCCAUUCAAUCUCCCCCGCGAUUGGCACCAGCCGAUUCGCCCAGGGCAACCCCUCCUGCUCGUCCCAGCAGAGAUAACACCCCGGACCUGCAAUCCCAGCUGUUCAGUCCCUUUCCCAUCAUCCACAGCAAUCUAUCGUCGUCUUCCUUGUUAGGCGACAGACGUGGACCGGAGCCGCAGCCGAUGUCGAGAUUGACGACUCCCUUGUCAUACCCAGACAGCCCUCAACAAACCUCUCGGUUGCCGGUAGGCAGGGAGGCUACACCGACGCUGCGGCCAACCAAUGCUUUGGACACAAAGAACAAGAAUGACAGAACCGUCAACCGUACCCCGAGCCCCAAUACGUCGACAUUUUCUCGAUUUCCCUUCUUUGGGCGGCGGUCCAAAACAGCACCAGAGGUUCCCCAGGUUGACAAGAAGGACAAGCCAGCGCGUAAAGGGCCAGCUGCCGGUACAGGACACGAAGGUUAUGGACGCCUGGGAGGUCUCCGAAGACGAAGUGGGAGCUCAACAACAAAUUUGGCCCGCCCAAGUUUGGGACUCGGAUCUUCUCAAGACAGCCUCAAUGGCAACCAGCCAACCGACCCUUUCUUGCUGGAGCGUAUGAACCCCGUUAUCAUUUCCGGUGGAGGAGUUGUCAACAACAGAAACAACAGUAUAGACUUGGUUCGGUCAGGGAGCUACCAGAGCCUCGGGUACGCCUCGGAGGUGUCUACAACUUCCAGCAUCGGGCGAACUCUCGCCCCUUCAGCCAUUCCUCGAGGUGGUACUCAUCCCUCCCUAAGCCACCGUCGGCCUUCCGACAGCAGUGACUCUGAAGCCGUUACCAUGAAGCCCACCUUGGCGUUCAGACGAUCCGUUCAGCGCUUACGUUCGUCUCCGGAUCAGAGUUCUCUCAAGCUACCUCAGCCCAUCAACACCACUGGAAUCACAUCGCCCUCGAUCAACAGCCAGGACACUGGCAUUCUUACGGACGAUUCACAGUUUGAGAUACACAGAGAGGUCAUUCGCGGUCGUAUUGCUGCAGCCAACGCGACUCCUCCAAAGAAGCUCACGAAGCGUACACGCUCCCCAAGGAAGUGGAAUCUCUUUAGCAGAUCCCAAAGCCAACCGAACACCAAGAAGACAGAAAAAGAUGCCAUGUCAGUAGCUGCGACCGUGAAAGUAGUUCAGCACAAGCCGGCAGCCUUCUACACUCUGAUGGACGGUUCCGAGCAGGAAGACAUUGGUACACCAGACGUCGAGGAGAUUCUUAGAGAGGCUGAAGUCUUUGAUCUUCCAUCUCCUCCACCUGUUUUGAAAGAGAGACGAACUUCCUCUGCAAGUCAAAGCAAUAGGAGAGAAUCCUUGAGCAGGCUGUUGCAGCCCACCAAGUCAUCACAGGCUCGGAGGAAUUCGGCGACCGCCAAGUCAACUUCCAUUCCGGCGAUUCGGUCCAUGAAACCUACCCACGCAUCUCAGUCGAGUGUCUCAAAGCCAGCUGAAGCGCGCCCAAGUCGCCUGCCUCAAGUAGGUCGGAUUCCCAAGGUUGUGGCCUCUCGACCGGAUCACACCUCUUCGAGAAGCUUUUCCCGGCCGUUCAACAGAAUCAGCAUGCAAAUGCAGCCGCAAGCUGCAGUCUUCAAUCCCGAUUUCGUUGCUUUAGGCGCGACCCCGACCCCCGAGCUUUCCACACCCGAACUGUCUCGUGGGGAAUCUACCGCAACCAGCGACAAGACCAACUCGGACCCUCGUUCAUCUCUCGUACCCGACAAGACGCCCGAGAUGAUUCAUAUUGGUAGAGAGUUUUUGGCAUUUUCUCCUCGAAAGAACUCUGAGUGUACCACGAGCACAGAUUCCAGCAGCCUCGGCAUGUACACUCUUGCAGAUGCCAUGGCUUACGUGCCCGACCCCAAUGCCCCGCUUGUUGAGGACGAGAUCUGGGAUGAGUACAACGAUUUGAUUGGCGACGUACCACCAUCUGCAACAUCUUCAAAGGGCGCCCCCUUCCAUCUUGAGACCCACGGCUCGAGGAUGUCAAAAAGGUCUUUGAAGCCGCUUGAGUCUCCUACCAUUGCACCGUCGUCAAAGACUCUAGAGAAAAGCACCGAGGUCGACACUGGCGCCACAACAUCUAGUGUCUAUUCUGCUGAUAUGACUGAGCGCCUUAAGGCUGCCUUCGCUUUGAAGCCUGAGGGGGAGAUGCUCGUACCCGUUGCCGGGAUUCCUGCGAGAUUAAUUGACCGCGAGAGCACAGAGCUGGCGCGCAAGGCAACGGCCGCGUCUCAGAGAAGCAGCGGCUCGUCUCGCAGAUCAAGACAAUCCGAUUGCAGUUGUAAAUCUUCCGAGGACGAGUCGCCGCUUUCUCAAGUCAACCUCCGCGUCGGUUCGAUGACGGUCAGCAAGUGGUUGUCUUUUGGUCAUGUGCUUUUCAGUCCGGCCCGGGACCAGCUCCUGGAUGUCGUCGGCUCGCUGAAGCGCCACUCUAUUCUCGUUGUCGAUGGCCUCGGCAAUGAUGAUUGGUCAUUCUACGCGGCGGAAACAUACCCGGCUGCCACCUUUUUCAACCUGUCACCUCGAGCUCCGUUGCCAGAAGAGCAUAAGAAUUCAUCGAGCUUUCCAUUAAGCCCGCCAAACCACCAUCAGAUUCAAUACCUCUCUCAGAUGGAUAAGUUCCCCUUUGGCGCAGAGAGCUUCACUUCGGUGGUCUUCCGCUUUCCUGCUGCUGCGCCUGAGUCUCACUAUCGCAACAUUGUUUCAGAAGCACGUCGCGUCCUUAAGCCAGGUGGCUACCUGGAGCUUUCAAUUCUCGAUGUUGAUCUCAACAACAUGGGCAACCGUGGAAGGCGCACUGUCCGUCGGCUGAAAGAACGCAUCCAUCAGAGCAACCCCGAAACCAGCAUUGGUUCGUCAUCCGACCUCAUUCUGCGCCUCCUCGGGCGCAAAGGCUUCUCCGACGUCAAGAACUGCCGUGUCGGCGUACCGGUCGCGAGCGUUGUGAACCGAUCGGAAAGCGGUAGCAAGAGACCGCCCAUCACUGGCGACCGGAAGGCCAAAGAGGUUCGCAGCCUUGCCGAGAUGAUGAACGAGGACGGCGACUCAGCCGACGAGAACAUCACCAAGAUGGUGGCCAAGGUCGGCCGAUGGUGGUAUAGCCGCUGCUACGAGAGCGCAGCUGGUACCAUUAGCAAGAGUAUCUGGGCUGAUCGUGCUUUACUUUCCGAGUGCGAGGAACUACGGACAAGCUUCAAGCUCAUGGUUUGCUAUGCACGUGUGCCCGAUAGGGCGCGAACCGCAAGUAUCUGA